GCGCGAGGGCGAGAGAACAGCGAGUUAUUGUAUUGGUACACCAGGCACUGGGAGACACACUCAGACACGUUAACGCAUUCACACACUGACACGAGCGUGUGCAUGUGCCCACCGCUGCACAGACCAGAGCUGGCAUCCCAGAGGGUAGCACUUUACCUGUUCUUACCUCUCAGACUUACAGCCCAAGUGACGUUCACCCUCUCCAUUACUCCAGAGUUCUUAAUCUGUAGGUUUCACCUCCAUUGCAGCAACAUUUAGGGCAUUUUGGGUGAAGCGCUGUGUCCAGAUUGAAGAUACCCAACACAGAGUGGAGGACUAGCUGAUGAGAAACUGUGGAACAAGCUGAACUUCAGUAUCAUCAAUCAGGUCCACUUCACAGUUUACAUUCGGCUUUCUUUUUGUGGAGCACAUUUAGAACAAAAGGAAAAGGACUACUUGCUGACGUUUAAGUGUGUCAAAGGUUUCUAUCUCUUGGACUCUUCCCAGUGAUCAUUCUUGGAAAAGAUGGCAACAACUGGCAUGCAACUGCUAGGCUUGGUCCUGUCCAUCAUUGGCUGGGUGGGUGGGUUCCUGGUGUGUAUCCUGCCCAUGUGGAGGGUCACCGCCUUUAUCGGGAACAACAUCGUCACUGCGCAGAUCACAUGGGAGGGCCUGUGGAUGAAUUGUAUCUGGCAGAGCACAGGGGAAAUUCAAUGCAAGGUGUACGACAGCUUGUUGGCUCUUCCAAGUGACAUGAAGGCUGCCCGUGGUCUUACCGUGCUGGCUUUGAUUAUCUGCACCCUGUCACUUACACUCGGCGUUUUGGGUAUCAAGUGCACCGAGUGUGUGGGCCACCAAAGCCUCAAGGCACGCUUGGCCCGAGUGUCGGGUGUGCUCUUUGUCAUUGCGGGGUUCCUCAUCCUUGUGCCUGUCUGCUGGACGGCCCAUUCCAUCAUCAGGGAUUUUUAUGACCCGUAUGUGGCAGCCCCUCACAAACGUGAGCUUGGCCCUGCUCUCUACCUGGGCUGGGGUGGAUCGGCUCUGCUGUUGAUCGGUGGAUCGCUCCUCUAUACAGGGUCAAAUCCCGCCGGGAUUCCUUCCUCUCCCACGUUUAGCAGCGGGGAGAGCAGCCCACGCCGAGCGGGUGGACCUGCCCAAGUCAAAGGUUAUGUUUAAUGACCAACAGCAGCACAGCAUUCCCCGGAAGUUCUCUCUGCUAGUGUUUCCCAUUGUGAUAGUUUCAAGUUAAUUUUAAUGGAUUUUUUAUCAUUCAGAACAUUUCUUUGGUUAUGUGAUGGAGGUAGUGAAUAUAAAUGUGAAAUCAAGUUUCAUUUCCACCUCUAAUGUCCACUUAUAAGUCUGUCUUUCUCUGUAUUUGUCCAUUAUUUCAUAAAAUAAUAAAACACUUAAAUC